UGUCAACACGAAAGAUUAAAAAUGAAGACCAUUCUCAGUAACCAAACAGUUGACGUUCCUGAGAAAGUCAACAUUAUCCUGAAGGGGCGGACAGUUACUGUCAAAGGCCCCAGAGGAACUUUGAAAAGGGAUUCCAACCACAUCAAUGUGGAACUCUCCCUUUUGGGGGAAAAACGCAAGAGGCUGCGUGUUGACAAGUGGUGGGGUAACAGAAAGGAGUUGGCAACCAUUCACACAAUUUGCAGUCAGGUGCAAAACAUGAUCAAGGAAGUGACAUUGGGCUUUCGUUAUAAGAUGACGUCUGUGUAUGCCCACUUCCCCAUCAACGUCGUUAUGCAAGAGAAUGGCUCCCUGGUCGAAAUCCGUAACUUCCUUGGGGAGAAAUAUAUCCGACGAGUACACAUGAAGCAAGGCGUUAAUUGUGCAGGAUCGCAAGCUCAGAAGGAUGAACUGAUCCUUGAAGGAAAUGACGUUGAAUUGGUAUCUAACUCGGCUGCCUUGAUCCAGUAAGCCACAACUGUCAAGAAUAAAGAUAUCAGAAAAUUCUUGGAUGGUAUCUAUGUCUCUGAGAAGGGAACAGUACAACAAGCCGAUGAAUAAAACCCC